GGGUAUGGAAACAUUACGAGAUUGGAAUCAACACCUUCCUUCUCGUCUUCCCCAAGACCUUCGACUUGAGCCUUGGCCGACGCCGCGAAGGGAUUCUGUUGGUUGGGGAUCGCUCAACGCUUAGUAGCCCUAGCACUAGCCCUGGUGGAUGAACUGGCGGUUGGGAAGCUCGUGAAAUUUUGGAGAUGCCCCAAGCCAGGUUGAUUCCGGCGAGGCCCUGGAAACUGGUGAGAAGCAAGAAGGCUGAAGUGGUGGUGACUCAAGAAUUCUCCCUUUGGGCGAUUCAACCGCAGCUCAGGUUUGGCCCUUCCAUGGAAUUCGUCCGCCUGCAUCGUCAAAGCUGCCAGAUGCUGUUGGAUCACAUCGAGGAUGAUGCGUGGUGGGACGCGAUGACGCGCCUUGCUAUGUGCCGGCAGGAUUGCCGGAUUCACUACAACAUCGCGGACAAGUUUUACGAGGACCCCAAGGACAAGUGGGCCGAGCAAAUGAGCGAUCUCACCUGGGCUGCUGCCAGCCCUAAGGCGACCCUCCAGCCGCAGUUGAAGCAGCACCGUCUGAAAGCGGCCUACGUUUGUGCCGACACCUCCAUCACAUCGCAAAGGACCACUUCACCAGCCGCCAGAUCGAGAGGACUUGGAUUCGGAAGCCUCAGCCAUGCUGAAGCCUGA